AUGCCUUCAUUAUCAUUUUACGCCUCCACUCCUUCUCCUCAGCAGUCUCCCACACUUUCGCCUACGCCGUCCAUAGUUCUUCAUCCCGCAUCGGGUAUACUUGAUCGCUCAAUUAACGAUUGUACGUCUAAUACUUUAGCAGGCAGCACACCAACAAAACAGUUGCACAAAUCAUCUGAAGACAUGCAAACGGCAUACCGACAACGCUACGCCCAAUACCUCGCCUCGACGUUCAAUAUGUCUGUUGAAGCUGCCAUGGCCGAGGCUGAAGCACAGCUCGCCCCUCGACGAAGUUCUGGCGUCUCGGAGGCUGAGACACUUCGAAGUAUCUGAGUCUCAGUGGUCGGCGACGAGUAAUGAACGGCCGUUGUCUUUUUCUUUCCUAAUUGUUGCUCUUCCCAGUUUUUUGUUUUUUGUUUUUUGUUUUUUGUUCGUUCAGCGGCAACAUAUUAUCGCAGUAGGGAUUUUUCUUCUUGGUGUUAGGUCCUUUCAAAUGUUGUGAACCAAUCGGGUCGCAGUUGGGUGGUGUUCUCAGUGGUAAUCGGAGCAAAAUAUCGAUGGACUAGUUGAAUGGAAAAAAUGUGUUUUCUCGUUCCUAAACUUGCUUUGUGAUGUUCCAACUAACAACUCCAGAUACACAUUACCUCGAAUGCUUCCACAAGUCACAGCACUUGAGGUGUACCCAUCUAGGUCACAUGUGUGUGUGUGCAAGAUAAGAUGGAGCGCAACCAACCACAAUGCAGUUCGCUUACUGGCCAAU